AUUCUCUGUACUUUAAUGCUUGAGGCUGCUGUGUGCAUGUGUGUGGGCAUCUUGCAUGAGUGAGUAGGGUGACAGGUGGCAGGAGUAGUGCACAAACUUCUGAUGCUGAUGAUUGGCUCAGAAGGGAGGCACUCGGGUGUAACAAAAUCAGAUAAGAGGUGGCCCAGGAGCUAAGAAUAGGAUUGGGCACAGGCUCCUGGCUUAGGCAGGGGCAUGGCAGUGCCAGCCAGGAAGUAGCCUGCUAUCCCCAAGGAACAGAGCAAGGAGUGGGGCCCAGGAUCCAAGGUUCCAAGGGAGGGGACAGAGUCCGGCUCAGCUCAUAAACAGCUGAUAGAUCAGAGAUCAGGGAGAGGGCAAGUACUGAGACCCAAGGCAUUGGUGCUGGGGCCAGGAGGUGAGCUCUGGGCUCAGAGGAAGUGCCCAACUGGCAUCCAUGGCCUUCCUGGUGUCCGGGACACUGCGGGUGGCCGCGCAGAUAGCAGAUGCUCAAGACAGCCUGGGAAGAAAGGGGAAGUACAGCAUGCGGGGUCCAAGGGUGGCCUUGACACUCAGCAGCCCGGAGGUAUCGGCCUCUACAGUGGCUAUCCUGGCGAGUGUGUUCCAGACCCUGGGCUUUGAGAACUGCCAGAGGAGGGAGGCCUCGGUCCAGGACUUCCUUGAGGAGCUGACUGGGUUCCGGGAGCAGCUGGAUGCCCGCGGGGCCCCUAUGGGCUGUGUCCUCGUGGCCUUGGUGGCCCCCAAUGGGCAGCUGAGGCAGCCACAGAAGUUGGUUCGGGAGCUGAGUGGCUGUGAGGCCCUGCGGGGCUGCCCCAAAGUCUUCCUGCUGCUCUCAAGUGCUCCUGGGGCUCCCCCCAAGCCCGGGACCUUCCUCACUGGCUUGAGUGAACUCUGUGGCCGCUGUCCUCGCUGGUCCCUGCUGCAGCUGCUGACGGAGGUCUUCUGCAGGACAGCUGGAGAGUCCUCGGGGGCCACCUACUGCCCAGUCCUUCAGAGCUCCUUGCGGGGGGCGCUGUGCCUGGGGGACAUGGAUCCCUGGGGGCCUGAGCCAGAACCCAGCCCCGGUGCUCAGUAUGACCUGUCUAGAGACAGGGCUGCCCUCUGCCUGGCCGUCAUCCGGGACCGGCCUGGGGCCCAGCGUGAUGUGGAGGCAUUGGGGGGCCUGUGCCAGACCCUGGGCUUCGAGACCACCCUGAGGACAGACCCUACAGCCCAGGCUUUCCAGGAGGAGCUGGCCCAGUUCCAGGAGCGGCUGGACACCCGCAAGAGUCCCGUGAGCUGUGCCCUUGUGGCCCUGAUGGCUCAUGGGGGACCUCAGGGGCAGUUGCUGGGGGCUGAUGGGAAAGAAGUGCGGCCAGAGGCACUGGUGCAGGAGCUGAGCCACUGCAGGGCCCUGCGGGGCUGUCCCAAGAUUUUCCUGCUUCAGGCUUGCCGUGGGGGACACAGGGAUGCUGGCAUGGGGCCCACAGCUCUCCCCUGGUUCUGGCGCUGGCUGCGGGCACCACCAGCCACCCCCUCCCACGCUGAUGUCCUUCGGAUCUAUGCAGAUGCCCAAGGCAACUCUUCCGGGGGCUUCACGCCAGGGAGCUGUGACCAAGCAGACAUCCUGAUGGUCUAUGCAGCGGCCGAGGGCUGUGUAGCCUAUCGGGAUGAGAAGGGUUCAGACUUUAUCCAGACACUGGUGGAGGUCCUCAGAGCUACCCCCGAGGGAGACCUCCUGGAGCUGCUGACUGAGGUCAAUCGGCAGGUGUGUGAGCUGGAUGUGCGGGGUCCGGACUGCAAUGAGCGCCGCAAGGCCUGCCUGGAGAUUCGCAGCUCCCUGAGGCGCCGGCUCUGCCUGCAGGCCUGACUGCAGCCACCCAGUUGUGCUGACAGAGUGGCCACACCCAGGGCCACCAUGGAUGGAGUCCAGCCUGUUACCUCACCUAUAGAUGGGGCGUCACAGCAGGUGCUGGGCUCAGCUGCAGACUUGGCCUCUGCCUUCAGGACUGUCAGAGUCCGGAUUGGGCCACAGCCUGGAACAAAGCAUUGCAGGUUGGCGGUGCUGUGGUGGGGAAAGCACGGCGGUGGGGGCAGCAGUGGGCAGCUCCUGGCCCAACGCCAGCUGGGAGCCUGCGGGAAAGCCAUCGGAGGGGCCUCUCCCUGCAGGAGGGGCCUGGAGGCCUGAUUGGGUCUGGAAUUCGCAACAGCAGGACCACGUCUUCAGUCGGUGCUCAAUAGCCAUUGUAGCCGGAUCCGGAGCCCCGCCCACACGGAGCCCGAGGGGGUGGGGGCG